AUGACCGCCGGUCAUUUGAAUCCACUUCCUGCACUUGGACUUGGUUUUUCUUCCUACUUGGAACUUGCAGGUUCCGUUAACUUUCUAUUGUUUUUUUCUUUAGUAUAUUUUCUCCGCCCAAAAUUUCCUCUCUCUCUUUCUUUCUCUCACUCUUUCUGCUUCUUUGUUUCUCUCUCUCUCUCUCUCUCUCUCUCUAUCUUUCUUGCUCUCUUUCUUUCUUUAUAUCUCGAUUUCACCCUGGCUCUCGUUUUCUCUCUCUAUUUUUCUCUUUCUUUCUUUUCUCUCUUUCUCUUUCUUUAUCUCUCCCUAAAUCUUUCUUUAUUCCUUUCUUUUUUCUUUUUUUUUCUUUCUUUCUUUCUUUCUUUCUUUCUUUCUUUCUUUCUUUCUUUCUUUCUUUCUUUCUUUCUUACAGCACGUGUCUACAUACUCUUCUCUUUUUCAGUCUCUCCUUUCUUGUCUCUCCUUUCUCCCUCACCGCUAAAUCGUCUUUCUUUAUCACUGUUUGUAUAUCUUACGACUGACUCUAUUUUGAAUCCCUUCUUUGUCUUUUUUUCCAUUUCUUUCUCUGCGUCUCUUUUCCUCUUUGUCUGUGUGUGUCUGUCUUUCACUCUCUUUUUCUUUGCCCUCUUUAUCUGCAUGUCUCUAUCUUCCUCUCUCUUUUUUCUCUUCAUGAAUACCUGA